AUGGCAGACAGAGACACAGAUGAGUUAAACAUCGAUAACGUAAUAAAAAAAUUAUUAAAAGUUCGGGGCGAAAAGCCUGGAAUGAAUGUACAGUUAACGGAAAUAGAGAUCAAAGGGCUAUGCUUGAAAUCGCGGGAAAUAUUCUUGUCACAACCAAUAUUACUCGAAUUGGAAGCGCCGCUUAAAAUUUGCGGUGACAUCCACGGGCAGUACUACGACCUGCUGAGGUUGUUUGAAUAUGGUGGCUUCCCUCCAGAGUCCAACUAUUUGUUCCUCGGAGACUAUGUGGACCGUGGCAAGCAAUCCCUGGAGACGAUAUGUUUACUCCUCGCCUACAAGAUCAAGUACCCAGAGAAUUUCUUCCUUUUACGUGGCAACCACGAGUGCGCUAGCAUUAAUAGGAUUUAUGGAUUCUACGACGAAUGCAAACGGAGGUAUAACAUCAAGUUAUGGAAAACUUUCACAGACUGCUUCAACUGCUUACCGGUCGCUGCGAUAGUUGACGAGAAGAUAUUCUGCUGCCACGGCGGCUUAUCUCCAGACUUGCAGGCGAUGGAACAGAUCCGGCGGAUCAUGAGACCGACUGACGUGCCCGACCAGGGUCUGCUCUGUGACCUGUUGUGGUCUGACCCUGACAAGGACACCGCCGGAUGGGGAGAAAAUGACCGUGGUGUCAGCUUUACAUUUGGAACUGAGGUGGUAGGCAAGUUCCUGUCGAAGCACGAGUUUGACCUGAUCUGCCGCGCGCAUCAGGUCGUGGAGGACGGUUACGAGUUCUUCGCCAAAAGACAACUCGUCACCCUCUUCUCGGCGCCCAACUACUGCGGCGAGUUUGAUAACGCCGGAGCCCUCAUGUCAGUGGACGAGACACUAAUGUGCUCGUUCCAGAUCCUAAAACCGGCCGACAAGCGCAAGCUUUACUCCGGCCUUAACAUGGGACGACCCAACACGCCGCCGCGCGCGCAGCCCAAGAACAAAAAGAAGUGA